GGAGCAGCUGUCUGUCGGAUAGCUGCGAGUCCACACACAAGGAGAUAUGGGCGCAGCGUGAUUAUUCUUUCUUUCAUGAAAAAAAACCUUGUCGGAUUUCACUUUGCAACAACACUGCUGUUUCUACAGGACUUCCUGUACGUUUUGUCUCUUAUGUGGCCGUGAGUGUGUUUCUACACACGAGCAUGCUUUUAUCACUGCCUUUGUUUGAUAUGAGACGGGAUUAAGACCAAACUGCCCGUUUUAGUAAAGACAGGCUAAUUUAGGCUGCAGCCUAACUUUUUCUCGGGGCAGGGAUGUCUUCGGCUCGGGUGGAUUACAUUGCGCCCUGGUGGACUUACUGGCUUCACAAUUUUCCUCAUAUCAACCUGAGGUUUCAGCCCAUUGACAACAGCUUCCAGCCUGAGGAGGAGAACUACCAGCAGUCUCUCAUAUUCCUGGGCUGUGUGGCAGCUGCAGGGCUUGGCCUCAACCUGCUAUGCCUGGCCAUCUACCUGAGCUGCCUGUGCUGCUGCCGCAAAGACGAGGAGGAGGAGAGUAAGAAGCCAAACUCUUGUUGUGUAACCUGGUCUGCUGUUGCUGCUGGCCUCAUCACAUGCGUCGCAGUGGGUGUGGGUUUCUAUGGCAACAGCGAGACCAAUGACGGCGUGUACCAGUUGACCUACUGCCUGUACAAUGCCAAUCAUACGCUGGGCGGUGUAGACAGUCUGGUGACUGGCACCAUGGGCAGCAUGAGGAGCGGGCUGCACCAGCACCUCGCAAGGCUUGACGAGAUCUUCGCCACACGGGGCGACUAUGUGCAGACCCUGCAGUUCAUGCAGCAGAUGGCUGACAAUGUGAUCAAGCAGCUGCUGGGCUUGCCUGACUGGGAGGAGGCUAAAGUGGAUCUGGCAUCCAUUGCUGAUCAAACAGCAAACAUUGAGUACUACAGGUGGCUCACCUACCUGCUGCUCCUCAUCUUGGACCUGAUCAUCUGCCUGCUGGCCUGUCUGGGGCUGGCCAAGCAGUCUCGCUGGCUGCUCACCACGAUGAUGGUGUUCGGAGUGCUGACGCUGAUCCUGAGCUGGACCUCUCUGGGAGCUGACCUGGCCGCUGCUGUGGGCACAAGUGAUUUCUGCAUUGCCCCUGACAAGUACCUCAUGAGCCAGACAAAGGGUAUCAUCAGUGCUGAUAUUGUUCACUACUACCUUUACUGCAACCAGACUCUCUCCAACCCCUUCCAGCAGCCUCUGACCAUCUUCCAGAGGUCCCUGACCACCAUGCAGAUCCAGAUCCAGGGUCUGCUGCAGUUUGCCGUGCCUCUGUUCCCUACAGCUGAGAGAGAUCUAAUGGGUAUCCAGCGUUUGCUCAACUCCUCUGAGGUCAGCCUGCACCAGCUCACCGCCCUGCUGGACUGCAGGGGGCUCAACAAGGACUACCUGGAUGCGAUGGUGGGGGUUUGCUAUGACGGGGUGGAAGGUGUGCUCUACCUCUGCCUCUUCUCCAUCCUGGCAGCCUGUGCCUUCACUGUGAUGCUGUGUGCCAUUCCCAGGGCAUGGAGACAAAUUGCCUGCAGGGAACGAGAUUAUGACGACAUCGACGAGGAGGACCCGUUCAACCCGCGGGUGAGGAGGAUAGGCUCCCAGAACCCCAACCACACCAACAUGCACAGCUUCUGCAGCUACAGCAGCAGCAUGGGCAGCCAGAAUAGCCUCCAUCCGCCCGCCCCGGCCGUCUCAAACGCCCCCAUGUCUGAGUACAUGAACCAGACAGCUUUGUUCGGGGGAAAUCCGCGGUACGAGAAUGUGCCUCUGAUAGGACGAGGCUCUCCUCCACCCUCGUACUCCCCCAGUAUGAGGGCCACCUAUCUGUCCAUGACGGAGGAACAGAGUAGACACUUUGGGAACGACUUCCAAGCAUAGACUUCUUUAUCUAUCCGAGGAGGGAAACCGCGUCGUACACACACAACUGAUAAAAGAGUGUGUGGCUCAUACAAAGCAUCAGCAUCUCGUUAGUCUGGGAUUCAGGACAACGCAACUGUAUCUGUACUGUUCUACAUGUGUUGUAUGCUCAUAAAUAAUUAAUGACACUCUUCCGCCCCAAGCCAUUUGUUGGAAAACAUCUCACAGGCUGUCGAUGUUAACCUCUCUUAAUCCAAAAGACUACAAUAUUCUAAAUCAUCUGCCUCUCCUGUUCAAAGAUACUUUACCUUCUCCAACCCUUCAAAGCUUUGACGCUGAGGUGUUUAUUACUUGUUACAACUUACAUACUUUCAGAUCUCCAAAGAGAAAAAAAAAUGUGAACAUGAAAGCUGAUGUAAACAUGCCAUAUUUUCUAUAUGUUAUGCUUCAUGCGUGAUAUUUGUGAAGCACAAACCCAGCACUGGCAGCACACACCAGAAGGUGAUGUUAAGGUAUAAUUUAUUUACGUUCACACACACACAGAGAUACACGCCUGCAAGUGAAGCUUUAUGUUUCGAAAUCUCCGGAGACGAGACUACCUUGAGACUACGGCUUCUGUAAAUAUGUUGUAUAAUAACAGACUGUUGUCUCAUUCUGAUGUGUUUUAUUUUAUUUCAAACUAUGUGCCAUUUUAUAUAUUUUUUCUAGUUUUCUGUGGCUCUGUCACAUAGAAUCACUAUUUUUUUUUUGUAUUUUAUAAAGGGCCAUUAAUUCAUGUUGUCUGCAUAUCUAAUUCAACUAAUACAAAGUCAUUUCUACCAUUGGGAAGCUGUGCUGCUCUAACUAUGAUUAAUGAGAAUAUUCAGGUAAUUAUUUUCAUCAGAUCAAACCAUCCAAUGUUUGUAUUGACUAACAAUUAUUUUCUGUAGGGAUUUAUUACAUACAUGCAGUUUUGUUGAUUAAAGAUUAUGUUGUUUGUUUCUGCAUGUUACACUGUACAGGCACUCGGCGUGGUGCGUAAUUUUGUGUGUGACCCCAGACUUUAGGGUCUAAUUGUGAGUUGAAUAAAACCAGUUUUGA